UUGGGAUCAUCAACACGUUCACGAACUCGAGUUACAGCAAUUGGUAUAGCACCAUGGGGGAUGUUGAAGAGGAGGAAUCGGUUUGUUGGAACGGACGUCGCAGUUCACUAUGCGCCAAACCAAUUCAACAAAUCCCGAUUAGCAGAGUUAAACGAUCGACACUCAUAUUUUGUAUUUGCUGAUAACGGGACUGUCGGACGAUAUGGCUCAGAGAUCAUUCUAAGGAAACGUCUAGAGACAUAUUUAGCACAAAAUAGCACUUAUUCUAUUCCUGUCGUAUGUGUUGUGCUAGAAGGAGGAGCAUUUACUAUAAAAAUUGUACAUGAUUAUAUAACAAGCAUUCCACGAAUCCCAGUGGUAGUUUGUGAUGGAAGUGGACGUGCUGCUGAUUUGUUAGCUUUCACUCAUCAUGCAAUUGGUGGUGAUGGGUUAGUUCCUUCUUUAUAUAUUUUUUGCUAUAUAGUGAGAGACUUAUGGAUACUGCCUUGA